CAUGACCAUGACGUCACAUGUAUUAAAGAUGUCUGACCUGGAUAUUUGAAAACAAAAUUUGUUUCUACGUUUUCAAAACAUUAGCCCUCACACCUGAAGAUCGAAUAUGGUUUCAGCCAUUUUAUCUCGAGUUGUUAUACUCGUGUUCGGCACACUGUAUCCAGCGUACGCCUCGUAUAAAGCAGUGAAGACGAAAAAUGUUAAAGAAUAUGUUAAAUGGAUGAUGUACUGGAUUGUGUUUGCCUUGUUCUGUGCUGUCGAAACAUUCGCUGAUGUCUUCCUCUCAUGGAUUCCAUUUUACUAUGAGAUAAAAAUCAUCUUUGUAUUCUGGCUGUUAUCACCUGUAACAAAAGGAGCCAGCUUCAUUUAUAGAAAGUUUGUCCACCCCCAGCUCAACAAGAGAGAGAAAGAGAUAGAUGAAGCCAUUGCCCAAGCGCGAACCAAAGGCUACAGCACACUUGUUACCCUGGGUAGCAGGGGACUCACUUACGCCACCAAUGUGGUUGUCAGCACCGCCAUAAAGGGGCAGAGCACUCUAGCUGAACAGAUAAAGAAGAGUUACAGCACAAAUGAUCUGCGUGUGAGAGAUACGAGGCGAGGACCUGACGUUACAGAUGGUAUGAGAUACGUCGACGACAGUGAUGAAGAAUUUGAUUAUGUGGUAUUAAGAAGCCAGACAUUUGACAGUGAAGAAAAUCGACUGCGAGCCGACAAUCAGGAGUUAAGUAACAGAGAAAAGAAAGAUAUACAUGAGAAAGAAGCCCACUUAAAGAGGCGCCCUCUGUCACGGAGCAAGAGUGAUGCUGCUGCUCACAGGCCCAAGAAACAAAGACCGUUAUCAGGGCUGUCACGGCUAGAGGAAGUAGAGCACGAGAACUCGAUGGCUCAGGAGGCUCGACAAUCCGAUGAUGAUAAUAUAGAGACGUUCUCGGAGGAGAUUAUAUACUACCAGCCUAGAAAGUCAGGCUACACACAGAAAGAGGUAGUAGACUAAAGAAGAGGUAAUGUCUGAUCCAUACGCCACAUUGCCACGAACACGGGCUAGAAAUCGUCCACGACUUCAUCAGCCGUGAAAACUUGCCACUUAAUUAUCUGUGAUAAAUUUUACCAUUGUGAAAUCUGUACACGCGUGGAAGAAAAUUGGAUUGCAUAAUUUAUGACAAAGAAGGGCGCUUGUUGGAAUGUAUUCAUGACAUUUUCUUUCACAUGGUUUAGGACGCUUUGAACCAUCACCUGGAUUUGGAUGUGAAAGAGCAAUAAAAACGCUAAGAACAAUAAGUUCAUCGAUUGGACAGUAUUUUUUUUUAUUAUCCAAUAUAAUGAUUUCUAUCAUUUUCAUACCAUGGCUAGUGUAUAUAAGAAAAUGUGACAUUUUUAACCCUCUAAAAGUUGGAAUGCCACAAACACUGAUUAACAGUGUAAAAUUGUGAAAAUGAUAAAAAAAUAUUGUAAACCAAACAUAAUCACUUUCUAAAUAUUCCAGUAAGUGUUGUGUAACGUUGUUUUACAGCUUUUGUGUAAAUACUGAUCCUCAUGACAUGGAUGCUUUAUGAGUUGUCUUAUUACAUACAAGCUUAUUAUUUUUUGUAAGCUAUUGUAAAUACUGUCAGAUUUUCUGCAGUGAAUGCUAUGCAUUUUGUAUUGUUGUAAUACUUGAAAUAAGGCUAAUACAUUGAAUAUGAUUACCUGUAUCAUUGCAUUAUUAUUAAGUUUCAUGUAAAUGUUGGUUUAAACAAAAUGCUGUUUGAUUGUUGUUUUUAGUUAUUUUGUGCUGACCAACAUUGUUAUUUGUUGACUGCUUGUUUUAACUAGACUGUUCUCAUUCAAUUCUUGCCUGACAUGGUUAAGAUCAUAAUUUUGUGAUUAUAAUUUACACUAGCCUGAAAGUAAUAAAGAAACGUUGUAAAAACUGUUCUUGUACUUGUAGAAAUUAUAAAUUCAUGUUGAGUUAUGCCCAAUUUAGGCUAGAAAACCCCAGAAAAGUGUUGGGGUCCCCUUGAAGUGCUGUCUUCAAACUUCCUCACUAAUUUAGAACCAAUUUCAUGACAAAUCUACAUGAACAGUUCUAAGUACCUGAAAUUCUUCUGACUGUAAAGUAGGUUUCUUUUUGAAAAAUGAAAUCGAUGUAUAUAAAAGACCUUUUCAUUUCAGUUCUCUUUUUGUGUUAAACGUAACAUGGUGUACAUAAGCAUGUGGUUAUAAGGUCGUAUGUUACAGAACCUUCAUGUAUAUUUUGGACGUUUUUCAGCAGGACAAUAUCAGUUUGUGCUUAUUUCUUUUGCGAAAAGCUGUACAAUUAAAAAACAACAACUGUAAGAUGAGUGCAUAGAUAUUAGGUGUAUGUAGGCACAUUCUUACAAAAAUCCCAAAGUAUUGACAGCGUGACUGUGAGACAAAUUAUAAAUAUGUUACUUAUAUGCUUGUCCCAAUUUCUCGCUUCAGCUACCAAAAGCUCUAAAUUUACUUUUGCAUACACAUAUCUUAACAUCAUGUGAUUAUCCUGCACUUUGUUUUGUAGCAUUGGUCAUCUUGGAGCUAUUAUGAUAAGUGAAAGAUAUUUAUAAGUGAAAGAUAUUUUAAGUCCAGCUGAAAUAUGUUCGAAAUUCGAAUCAUUCUGUGUACAUAUGACUUAUAGUAACAUGGUAUGUAGACCUUGUGUUGGUGAUCACAAGAAUAUUGUAUUUGAAUGUUACAUUGUUUCAUUUUGUUCUGCAUUUGAUUUUCCCUGGUCAUUCUCACAGCUCCUGUGUUCUCAUGUUUAUGGUUAUUUGUUUUGUGUAAUACAUAUCUUGUGUAAUUUACUUGUCUUUCCCUCCAAUUCCUGUUGCUAAAACAUGUAUUGAUUCCCAUUCUUAAUAUGUAUAUGUUGAAUGAAUGGAAAUAUCUACCUAACUUUUAUGUCAAAUAACAUUUGGAAAAGAAUGUGAACAAUUAAAAAAAAAAUAAAACAAGAUUCUUAGGCUCUUAGGCUUUUGAAACUAGAUUUUAAAGAUAGUUAUAAAAGUUUAAAUGUACAAUAAGCUACAUUAUUUUGUUAUCUGUGGUUUUUGAACAAUUGUUUUAAUACCAUAUUGAACAAUAAUAUCAGGGAUGUGAUUUUUCCAGGAUUCACAGAUUUCUGCAGAUCUUCUGGCUCAAGGGAAAAUUUGUUUAACUGAUUAAAAAAAUGGUAACUGGUUGCUUGGUUUUAUAUUGAUGCUCCAGUUUGCAUUGUGUUUAAAGUCAGUCCUUUUAAGGGCUUCUAAAAUGCCAGUUUUGCUUGGUGUUUUAACCACCUUGACCCUAUUUGAGGUCUAAAGCUAUCCCCAAGCCCAUCACCAGAAUGGUCUCAGCUUUUCAGCUGUAAGGUCAGUCACAUCCCUGGAUAUGUAAUGGAUCAGCUAAAAGCUUAAAAUGUUUUCAUGACUUUUUAUCGUUCUUCGGUGUAAAAGAAAUAUCUUUCUAUCUAUCUUUCUUUACUUUUAUGAAUUUAUUUGAUCGUAUGGCAUGUAAAAGAUGUAUAUAUUAUGUACUAUGGUUUGGCUCAAGGGGUUGGGUAUUUAUAGUGUGUUUGCUCCUAUUUGUUUUUGUAAUACUCAGUUAUAUUUUUACAUGUGAAUGAAUGAUUUUUGUGUGUGUAUGGGUUUUGUGAGUGGUAUGAAGAAAUUACUGAUUUGUCGUAGGAAAUUGAGAUGAAGGUAGAGGGUGAAAAUUGAGUAGUUCAAAUCUCCCUUGUUCCCAAACUUGUCGAUUUGGAACAAAACAAUACUUCAUCAUAUUUGAUCUUUUAAGAUGUAAUUCCUCAAUACCUGUACUAACACUAAAUUCAAAUGUAAUUUUUAAAGCUUACCUGUAUUCUGCAUAUUAAACUUAACUGUAUUCUGUAUAUGUAACUUUCACUAUUUGUCUUUCAAACAUUUCGUUUUCAAAAUUUGGAAGAUAAAAUGUCAAGAUUUUUUUAAAAGCUGCAAAGGAUCACAGAAUGCAAAUUUAUAAAAUUAUUUACAUGUAUACUAAUACAAUCAACAGGGUCAUCUUAUUGGUGAUCAUGGUACAAAAUAUUGUGAGGUCAUGAUUUUCUUUUCAAUUCUUUGUCCUUGUUAAAAAAUAAAUUGGAUGUGUUAAUUGCAAAAUGCAAUUAAAAUUUUUUAAAUCGAUAAAUAAAAUUAUUAUUUUGAAAAAAUACUAUAACUGCUUAGAAAUAUUUAUUUGAAAAAGUAAUCGCAUGAUACUAUCAUCGUAUCAUUUAUAAGAUGAUAUGUGUCUUAAACAAUGUCAGGAUACAGUCUUGCCCUUUUUAGAAUAGAAAAACCAUGCUAUUUGUCAAUUCUGAAAGCCCCACUAGCAUGUAUAUGGAAAUGAAUGUGAACAACUUGGUGUUUAAGUGAAGGUGCUCUGCUUCUUUAAAAUUAUAAUGUCACUUACGAGUUCUUCACUCUUAAAUUGUAAUUUAUUAUAUACUUAAUGCUUGAAUAUUGAAUUUAUUCUUCUGUUUAAUUUAUCACAUUAACAGAAUAUUAAACAUGUAACUUACUCCAAGGUGUGUUUUUAACACUUAGUUUAGGUACUUUAACUUCUUUUACGUUAAAUUGGUCGCUACUUACUUUGUACAAGAAAUGACAUAUUGUUAGGAAUUACCUGAGUCUUUCAAUGUUAUCCUCCUGACAUGUAUUUGGUAUGGAAGUGUUUGAUUUAGUUAUUGGGCCUUGAAAGAUAUGUUUAGCAAUUGUACUGUAUCCUAUAAUAAUUAUAAUGCAUAAUAUAUAUCGCUACAUAUAUGGUUAAGGGUAUUCAUUUUGGAAAGGUUAAAAGGAACUAUGAAAUUAUUAUUGAAAAUUCAAACAUAAUCAUAAUUAUGGUAUGGAUGUUAAACUUUUGAAAUGAGUUUUUGCCAAUAUUCCAUGCAAGUUGUUAUUUUUCUGGAUAUCUAUAUUAAUUAUUUUACUAUAACAUUGAAAAAUUCAUGCUUAUUGUUGAAAUGGUUCUAUAUGAAGAGCCCAUCCAAUGGUUAAAAAAUUAAGAAUUGGUGUUUAAUGUACAUUAGUGUAUUUUGUAAAUGUUUACGGUACAUCAAAGUUAGAUCAGGACGGUCAGUUGAAGACUCAUCAAUAAUUAUAAUAAUAAUAUCUUUAUUUAGACAUAAUUACAGGAAUCCAUAACAACAUCAUAUAUACAAUGUGGCCUUCUAUGAAGAAAAACAAACAAAAACAAAAUGCAAUUAGUAAAUCAUAAAACACCUGCAUCACACUUAUACAUUCGUAUACAAGAACUAUUGAUGUUUUGAAUAUAAGUAUUCCAUACAAAUCAUGUUUAAUUAACAUAACAAUUUAAGUCAUUUCAAUAUAUACAUCAUGUACAUGCGGACAGACUUUCAAUAAAACACAACAAUUUAUAAAUCAACUAGAAGUGCUAGAAAUCAAAUUGUAACUUCUAAAUUCAAAUAAACUAUAAGUCAUUUGUUCUUAAGUAUAUCUUAUAACAACGAAAAAAGAACUUACAACAGUACAUUUGUUGAAAAGAUGGGCCCAUGGAAUUCUAACUUUUUUCUGAUGUGUUCGGUUUCACUCACAAAAACAAUGCCUUGAACUUGCAUAUUUGGAUCUUACAGUUAAUAAAUACAAUACUUUUGUUUUUUUGUUACUUUUAAUAGUGGUAUUGUUCCAUCAUUUAAAACAGUCGGUUGUAUUUUCUUACAUUCAAUUUGUACUUUAUAUGUUUUGUUUGAUUUAAUAUUAUUGUUAUCAUUUACACAUUAAAUGUUAUAACGGUGUUUUGUGUUGAAAUUAUAUGCAAAUUUUUAAUUUGUAAAUAUGGAAAUAUUAGCCAUAGCUACAUACCUCAAUUAAAUGUCUGUGGGACAGGUUUAAUUGAUUUUUGUCAAUGAUUUUUGUCAAUUAACAUGUGGUCUAAAUCAUUAUAAUGCUGUUUGAAUAUAUAAAAUUGAUAAAUGAAUUGACCUUGUGAUUUGAGCAUAUUUCUGUGUUUUCAUCGAGUUAAGAAAUCUUAUUAUAUUAUACAGCACCUUAAUUUAUAUAAUUAAAGGCCACUUAAUGAUUAAAGUAUUUUUGUAAAUGUGAUAUAUCGCACAAUCCUCAUUUAUGUUCUAUAUUGCAUUGAAAAGGCUCUUUCAGACUUUGUUUUUCCAUUCUGCAUUUACUGUUCUAUUUUAUGGGGUUUUGGGUGUUAAUACAUGUGAAAUUUGAAUAAUACACCACUAGUUAUAAGCUAUAUCAUGGGCACUUUCUUAUGUAUGCUAAAAUCAUUUGUUUAAAAAGUUCCCAUGUUGUCUUCCUUUACCAAAAAUGAUGUAUAGAAAAAUAAAAAUGCAAUGAUUAA